UACCCGACCUGGUAACUAUCUGUCCAGAUGCAUACUCGGCAGCAGACGGCAGCCAUGCUCUCGUCAUUUGUACAGAAUGGGAUGAGUUUCAGAAUCUUGAUUACCAGAGAAUCUACCACAAAAUGUUAAAGCCAGCUUUCAUCUUUGAUGGUCGACUUCUGCUUAACCACCAGCAACUGCUGGACAUCGGUUUUAAAGUGGAGACAAUUGGGAAAAGACUGAGCCGGAAUCAUAGUAAAGUAGUGCGCACACAUGCAAAUAGUUCGUCAUAG